UUCAGUCUUCGCUUCACAGUUGAAACUGUAGCUAGAUACAGACAGUCAACCGUAAUGAAGACUUGUCAUACAACCUCGGAGGAGUUUUGGAAAGGGGUGUUUUUACUUUGGACGUGAUAAACUAAGGUGUAGGGGAUUCAGUUAUAAUUUAGCAUGCUUUACCAUAAUGUAGUUUUCGGGAUUAAAGUAGCUGGUUUCAAACUGUUUUUUCUUUUCUAAGUUAGCUAGCUAGCCAGUGUUAGCUCGGCUAUCUAGCUGUACUUGUAUCUGCUCAACUGGUACAGUACGAACAUACUUCAACGUGUUUUUACAAUCAGCCAGACAAGUAGAUAGGUAGAUACACCAAAACAAUGACAUGGGUCAAAGGGAAAUCAUGCCAUACAAGACCACGCUGGUGAGAAGGAGAAACGGAAUUCAAACUGCCCCGAUGUGCAGACUGGAUGUCGAGUCAGCCGAGAAGGGAAUUGAACAACCCGAAGAUGUCCACCAUUCGUCAAGGUACAUGGUGGGUCGGGGGGUUAAGCGUAAGCUGAGUGAGUGCGAGGACCCUGUCCCGGGGCUGCCCUACCCCCAGCAGAGGCAGCUGGUGCUGGACCUGUGUCUGGACAAGCUCCAGAGCUGCCAGCGGCGAGCCGAGCCCAGCCUGCACCGCUCGGUGCUGCUGGCCAACACGCUGCGUCACAUCCAGCAGGAGAUGAGGCAGGAGGGCCGGCCCCCACUCCCGGAGGCCCCUCCCGCCCCCUCGCUGCUCCACGCGGCCACCCCUCGGCACUCUCCCUCGCUGCCGGCCGUGCCCGCGGACAGCGCCCUCUCGGCGGCCCCCUCCUCUUCGCCUCCGAGCGCCGACAAAGAGGCCCGGGCGGCCGAGGCCGAAGGGAGGUCGUCCGACUCGCUGUUCGGAGCCUUCGAGAUCAGCAACUCCACCAGCUACCUGACGGACCUAGCGCCCGACGACAUCUUCGACGACAUCGACACGUCCAUGUACGACUCGGCGGACUGCGCCGUCCUGGCGUGCCCCGCGUCCAGAGGGGGCGCCAAGGACCUCCUCAAGGCGUUCUCCGGCUACACGGCGUCGAGCACCCUGCAGCUCUGUCUCAUGGACCUCAAUGACCUCGACCACAUCAUGGAGAUCCUGGUGCGCUCCUGAGAGGCUGAAGCUCCCCACUGUCGACACUGCUGUUCUGCCGUUUGCCCCCCCCGCCGCGGGCCGGGGAUAACGACCGUUUCAUGUUUCCCUUUUUUUUAUACGGACAUUUCUAUUUUUUGAUACAAAAACCUUUUAUGCGAAAGACAUGCCCGCCAGAUACACUUCUGCCGAAGGAUGAAUGCACAUUUUCGACGGCAAGCUCGUGCUGAUCAUUGUUCCAAUAGGGAGAAUAUGCAGGGACUGAAGUAUUACUAUUGAGACUUGUUUUAAUUCGAUGGAGAAGACUAGAACCCGUGAGAACAGGAGAAGAACCUGUGGAACAAGGAUGUGGACAUGUAUUCAUUGAGCACUACAACUAUUAAUCCCUAUGAAAAUGAAUCGGGACAUGCAUGUUCUCACUACCGCUUUAAAGCAAAGAGCGGUUUAUAUAUAUUUACACACAAAACGACAAAAGAAAAUGCAGUGCAUCACCAUUUUUACAUACUGACUCGUUUUUUUUUUCCUAUACUGGGUGAUUGUCAAUAUUGCUUAUUGCACUGGAGAGAAUUGCCUUCAUUACAACCACAAUCUCAAAGCAUAGCUGAUCAUUCCACAAAACCCAUCACUUAUGCCUUGUCCGCUAGCAUUCUGAACUGGUCGUGGACACCAAUGUUCACGCGCCAAAGUACUUUUCAAGAGACACUGGCUUUCCCAUUGUGUUCACGCAACGGCGGUUUCACGUAAGAAUCUCAAGGAGAACGCCGGGCAUCGGAGGUCAAGAAUGAUCAGGAUGUUUUUCAAGUCUGACCAAGGAUCUUUUGAAGCAGCAUUUAAGCAGUGUGGGUUUUUGAGUCACUGUGCACAAAUUGAAUACAAUGUAUAUUUUCCACGUGAGAUUGUUCCAAAAAAAAAUGCAGAAAGCCUCCCUGUAAGGGGGAGAACCCAGUGCCUAUAAUGCCUAACCCUAACCCUAACCCUAACCCUAACCCUAACCCUUACCCUUACCCUAACCUUAACCCUAACCCUAACCCUUACCCUAACCCUAACCCUUACCCUAACCCUAACCCUAUAAUGGAGAGAGAAGACUGGCAGAGGGUGGAACUACCCAGCACAAAUGCUCAAGCCUUAGGGGGGGGGGGGGGGGGGGGGGGGCUGCAACCUGACGGCGCUGUUUCUAACCAUUUGUAAGGGAUCCUCAGUCCUCUAGAUAAGCCAUGCGACCAGACGGGGUCUACCCCCGAACCCCCUCAUAAAAGCUCUGCUCGCCAAAGACUGGAACCCUGCGAGAACGCUGCGCUCUACUACGGACUACGAUCGAGUGGAGCGUCCGAUUGGGAUUUCAAUACGUGACACUUUGUAUUCUCCUCAUGGGCUCUUUUUUCCCCUUCUUUCUUUCAUCUCGGCAUCCAAUAACGUGUUUGGACUUUACGCCCUAGAAAAUGCAAGUCAUGGAUAGAUAGCCCAAGUUGCGUAAGCACAGUUGCUAGCCCGAGCCGCUCUGAAAAUCAAGCCGUAACUCUAAAGAGAGGCACUGAUUGGACAUCAUCCCAAACUUGAUUUCUGUCAAAGGGGUCAAAUAUUCUGCAUAUGUGCUCCAAGGGGACUGUCCGGCAUGGCUUGCAAGCUGUCCCCCCCACCCCCUUCCUCCCCCUCCUUCCUGAGACUGCAGAGAGAGAGGGAGAGAGAGAGAGAGGGAGAGAGAGGGGGGAGGGGAGAGAAGAGUGAGAGCAAGAGAUUAAGGGGGUGAGGGGCAGUGGCUCCAAUCACGUGGAGGUCCUUGCUCGUGGAAAAGGCUACACUGAGAGUUUCACAACAGCUGGUAUAUGUGUGUGUGUGUGUGUGUGUAUGUGUGUGUGUGUGUCUGUGCCCAGCUCCUCCCUGAAAGGGGGCCCCCUUGUCUGCGUCCAAUAGAAAGGCAGGAGGAGGAGCCAGAGCUGCCAGUCAACCAGUAAUGCAACUGAAUAACAAACUGCAAGCAGUCUGACACAGUUCCUUCCCUCUCUGUGGAAUGUGCUCCUGUCUCUGGUGGUUUUCAGUUUGGGACAGAGGGCUUUGCACUGUCGUGCAAGCGUUGCGCUGUGUUUACAAAUGCACCGGUCCCAAUAAGUUAAAAAUAUAAUGGAACAAAUGUAAACGAUGGGAACUGUAAUUCACACUGCCCCUCAUACGCCACUCAUCAGGUCAGCUAACUGUGAGCCUACCUGGGAUCUUCAGCAGUUCGCUGUUGUGAAGCUCUGUGCCACAGGACCCUCUCUCUCUCUCUCUCUCUAUGUCUAUGUCUCUCUCUGUCUGUCUGUCUCUCUCUCUCUCUCUGUCUCUCUCUCUCUCUGUCUCUCUCUCUCUGUCUCUGUCUCUCUCUCUCCAACUCCCUGGCAUGGCUGCCACACACAAGGAGCCCACCCUCGUGAUCGAAGGAGUCUUGCCCGAGCCAGCCAGUCUCACACUGGAAAACAUCAACCACAAACAGUGAACCAAGGAGACUUGUUUAUGACACCAUCAGCAUUCUUCUGUGGGCCCUUCCCCCCUCAAGACUGCAUCGAAAUGAGUUGUGAAUUUCUCAAGCUUUGUAAGCUUUUUGUUUUUGUGUGUGUUGUAGCUAUUUGUAUUUAUACCAUUUUUCGGUGAUAUCGCUUGUUUAUUUGUACAACAAAAUUCCAAUAAUAUAUUGCGUUUUAUUUAUGAGACGACAGUCUGUGGUCUCUGUAGCAGAGUUUUGCCCCCCCGUAUUUUAUAUUCCCGUUGAAUAGAUGAGGUGAAAACAAAAGAUGUCUGUAAAUAUUGGUUGUGAAUCAUGACGUUUUUAAUUGUCCAGAGUUUUAUUAAUUGUACUGUUUAUGCACCCAGGCCUUCCACGAUGUCAGUAAGUUCUAAAGAUGAUUGCAAUGGACCAGGCAGACUAACUGGCAGCUUUUCACCCGGUUAUCAAACUGAACCAACUUGGCUGAGUGAACCAAAAGAUUUGAUCCAUAAUCACAGUCUAUGUACUCGUUUGUCAGACCAGUCACAACUGUAGCCAUAACUCACCAGUGAAACACAGGGACAUUAGAAAAACACUGGUUACUUCAGAAAUGUUCAAGACCUUAUUUUUUUCUGAACUGGCUUUUUGUCAACCAUCGGUCUCAUAUAAUGACUUGGUGAGAAGGACAUGUAGGAUCAUGUAUUCAUUUGAAAGACCUUGUCGUUUAUAUUCAUACUUGACUACUAUGAAUAUCGACCACAGUGUCUUCAAACAGGCAAAUGCCGUGUUUACUCAAACUAGGAGAUAACUUGCUAAUCGAGUCGACCUUCCACCUAUGUUUAGGGUUCCUACCACCACUUCAAGUCCAGAACAAGAGAAGUAGAAAAUACAUGGGCGCAUCAAGAAUCCUUUGAGUCCCAAGUGCAAUAUGAACAUUACUGUUGUGUGACUAUCUUGUGAAAUGAGAGCGUGUGUCAGUGAUGUUUAAUAACAAUUUCUACAACAUGAUUUUCAGAGGAUAUGAUCUUGCUCUCUUAACCACACUGGUCUCAUGCUAAGUUCACUCUCCGUAUGGAUAUUUUUCUUGUCAUCUGGUGUUGACCAUUUAACACUCUGUGUGUUGUGUACAUAACAAAGCAGGCUAUUUUGAAAUGUAUAUCCUAUGCAAUAUUAUUGUAGCUGGUCAGUUAAAUCUGAAUAAAUCUGAAAAUAA